GGCCAGGUAGGAAGGAGGGAGCUCCAGUGUGUAACAGGUGAUAGUUCCGACCAUGGAACGGUGCGCAACGGAGCUAUCGAAGUGACCUCUGUCCUCUCCAUUCCAUUUUGCAACCCUUUCCCGUCAAAUACCGCGUUGAAGUAAAGUGUCAAGUGAAUUGUUGAAUCCCCAGUGGCUGUGGAUAUUCCAAGCGUGAGCGAAAAAGGGUAUUAUUUAAGCGUCUACGAGAGAAAUCAAAAUAAGUUUUCAUGUGCUAUGCUGUGCAGCUGAUGCCCAGAAUUGAUCAAGGGAUGAAAACGACAUAGCAACUUGCGGUCUCAGGCUCCAGGCAAUUCGCCAGAAGGUGCGGCUUGGAUGUGAGUGAGAGUGGGAGAGAGAGAGUGCAGCAGAUUCCCCAGGAUAAAGUAGUGAACGAAGUGUCUCGUUGAAUAUCGUUCUCUCGAGCUCACUCUUUAAGUGACAAGAGACAAGAGGGAGAGCGUAAAGAACAAGUAUAUACCCUUUUAAUCUCGUAAGUGAAAUCACGCGGUGUUUUCGUGAGCUGAGCUGGAAGUCAGUGUUACAAAGUGGUGGAUGAGAUGAGUUGUAUAAAUAUGUAGGAAGUUGAUUUAGGAUGAGCGUUGAGUAAAAGCAACUGAACGUCAACUCUCGAGAAAUGGUACGAAUUUGAACGCUGGAUCGUGAGGUAACGGGUUAGCGUCCUUCUUCAGUAUCUUGAUCGGCCCAGAGACGAAAUUUUCGGUGCUAAAUAAGACAGAAGAGCAAGAUUGCGCGCAAGAAAGAACAUUGGACAUACAAAAUGGCUUCGUUACUUCCACUCCUGUUCAUCCUGACAAGUGUUUACUUCGGACCAGGAACCAGCCUGGAAAUCCAGAACCUGAAGCUGAUCGGCGGGAAGGGCGAGUACAUCGAGAUGGGUACCGCCGCCCAGUACACCCUGAGCUGCACGUACCGCUCUGGGUACGACGAGCCCGUGGCAUUCGUGACCUGGUACCUCUACGGCAGGAAGGUGUACGAGUGGACCACUGCCACUGAUGACAUCUCCGUGUUUGGCGUUCUCCUGAGCCGAGUGGACCCGUCACCAGACAAAGAACCGGGGAGCCUGCACUUCACCAAGCCAGACUAUCUUUUGGCGGGAAACUACACUUGCCAAGUCUCCUCUUCCCAAGGGUCGGUUCAGAAGACGUACUUUUUGCACGUUGUUGACGUAUCCCCGAUUCCCUUCGAGACCAGCGUGCAGAUCCUGAAGGACGUGGAGGAGGCAGCGGCCGCAGAGGAAAACAAAUACAUCACCUACGACGUGGACAGCCCCACUUCGACGGAUAUGCCCCCCGAGAUCUCCUUCGAGGACAGCCAGUGCACCUUAGUCUGGAGCUUCAAGAGCCCCGCCAUCUUCCCCAAGCCGAACGUGACCUGCGGUUACUAUUCGUUUAACCACGACGAGGUCGUCGAGUACCUCCCCGCGGGGCUCACCAUGCAUAAGUUCAUGAACGGGUCGUGGCAGGCCUAUUUCCAGGGCACCAAAGUCCAGGUGAUGAACAUCCCAGUGGACCACCGCCUCGGCUGCAGCAUCAAGAUCCCGGGGACAUCCUACAGGGAGGUCAUCAUGUCUGAGGACGACUUCAGCGUAGACCACUUGAUUGAUUCGGGAGGCUGCCCCAGCCUGGAACUCCUGACGAUGCAGAAGGGGCUGCUGAUGGACCACGGAUCUGCAACCGUCAACUGCAGAGGAAACAUUUUAUCCGAUAACAGAGAGGCUCCCGCCAUUGUCAAACUCAGUUGCCCUUACAACCACAACGCCAUCUUCAAGGACGGAACAAUGGAGUCGAACUGGUGGACGAAGCUCUCCUGCUACGAGUACGACCAACUCUGGCGGAGUUAUCAGGAAGGAGGCGCUGAAGGGGAGCUCAUCGAUGUCGAAGAACUGCCUGAAUGUGACCGCAGCAUAGGCGCCUCGAACAGCAUCCAAAGCAGCAAGGUCCUCUUGGCGUCCCUCACGCUGCUGCUCUUCGUGGCCUGCCCGCUCCUGAACCACUGACCGAAAACCUCCGCUGUAGUUGUGCGUAGAUAAGAGAUGCCACCCUCCAGACUGUUUAGUGUGAGUGGAUAGUGAAGGGUGGAGAGAAAGUAAGAAUUGUAGGAGGUUCGGAAGUCUUCUGUAUCUCUGCCUGUUAAAUUCGUAAUGCCCUGAAAGUGAGCAACUUGUGACCAAAGAAAAAGAUGGCUCCGUAUCGAGUUGGCGUCAGAAAUUCACUCAAUACAGUAGUGUAUCAAAGUGCUUCAGAAGUUCUUGAUAAUGUAGCAGGUCGGUGUCCUAAGACCCAACAUAAUUCUGUAAAAGUUAGCGUUUAAAAGUUCACCUUCUAUAUCAGGUUGAUGCCAAAAGACCUUAUCAAGUCCACGUCAGAAUCCCACUUUCUUACUGUACAGGUGGUUCACCUUUUUACUGUACAGCUUGGUGUCAAUGACUCACAUUAAUGUUAUAUCAGGUCACCGUUUCAAUUUUCCAUAAUUAUCACACCAGUGUCAAAAGACUCGCCUUAAUAAUGUAUGUAGCCAGUAACGAAGGUUUAAUUUAAUCACCAUUGCGGGUCAGCAUCAGAAGUUAGCAAUAAUGCUGUAACAGGUCGACAUUAGAGGUUCCCUUUUAACUCUGCAUUAGGUCAACAUCAGUUUCACCUUAAUAUAUCAGGUCAGCGCCACAGAGACUAACCUUUUCACUGCAUCGGGUUAGUGUGAGUGGGUCUUCUACUGUACCAGAUCAGCAUCAGUGGUUCACCUUCAUAUUGUACCAGAAGAUUGAUUUUUAUUUCUGGAACUGCAGCAGCCAAAGUUGCCAUUGCUCUCGUAGAAAAUGUAUACUGUUUUAGUAAGCAUUAAACAGAGAGGUGAAGUGUUAUCUCUCUUCGGCAUUUUAUUGUACAACCAGUGAAUAUUUUCUGAAAGAAGAUGGUAAGAUGUUAUGAUAUAAGACUAUGAAUGGAAUAUUGAAGAAGUACAGAUGUAACUGCAUUCUCAAAUAAAUGGAAGUGCCAAGCCAAAUUGAGUGAACUUUCUAAAAAAGAAGACUUAGUUUUCUCUCUGAUUUCUUAUCACUGUAAUUUUAUUUUAAGGCAUACGUCCCCCAAAAUAUUGUGUGUGCUAUGAACUACACUUGGUUUGGCUCAUGUUUAGUCCCUCUGUACCUAGUAAAUUUGUACGUUCCCAAAACUGUUUAUUAGGCUGUGGACCACAUUUGGUUUAGCUUUCUGUACCUACCAAUAAUUCCAUGUUCUUGACAAAAACCUUCAUAUCUUCCAUUGAUUUUUUGAAGAGCUCAGAGGCCAUGUAGGGUAAGGUACAGUUCUUUCAGAUAUACAUAAUGCAUUGUCACUGAAUAUUUAUUUCAAAUAUAAUGCAUUGUCAGUGAAUAUGUAGAGAUCACAAAGAACCAAGUAUUUUUUUAUGUUUUACAUUGUGUUGCCAUAUAGCUGGGGAUUUUAUCCAUGUGUGAUUGUAUCUUUUAAUUUCGAAAUAAUGUAUAGUCUGUAAGAGACAAAAACAAAAUAGAAAAAAAAGUGCUAUAAUUCUUUCGUUUCAUAUCUGGUGUGGUCAGUCACAAGUACAAUAAGUCAUUAACUAUAAGUGGCCUCAGAUUUUUCUUUUAUGCCUGUCUUAUAUCAUCAUUUUCUUCUUUCUCUCUCGUUCUCUUUUACACAUUCAGUGCUGUUCUGGCCUUGGUUCCUUUUUAUAUCAAAAGCUUGUUUUUAUUUCAAUCGUAUGUUUGUAAAAGCAGAACAGCCAUUUUGUAAAUACCUCCUCGAAUGACCAGUGCAUUUUAAUUUUGUUUAUGUAUGACUGUUAGUUUAUAAUCAUAUGUGUGUGAGUGUUUGUGUCCAACUGGAUCAGUUUUCUGUAGAUAACAGGCAUCACGACUCUUGUGCUGAAAUAAUAGGCAUAAUAAUAUAUGUAUCGUUUAGCCUAAAUACUGUAGUAAUUAUGACGUAAUUUUAUCACAAAUGCAUUUAAAAGCAAAUGUAAUGAUGCUUUCCACUCGUACUGAAUUUUUGUAUAUUGACUCUUGUAAGAUGUUUCAAUAAAGUAAUGACUUCA